AUGGGCUGUGCACCAAGCAGAUCAUCGUGCAGGAAGGGUGGUAUUCGAUUAAUGACCACGAGGCUUACUUUCACCAAAGGUCAGCUGUGCAACCUGAACACAUAUUUCCGUAAACUGGUCGACGAGGCUGAAAACGACGUUUCUAACGCUUUUGCGAUCGAAGCUACCGUGGAAAAAUUGGUUCAACGUUUAAUGCGGGGUGCAAGCAAUCUCGAUCGAAGAUUCUCGUCCAUGUUCCUCGUUUCGUUGAACGAGCCACGACGUAUAAAGCGACUCAGGUUCGAGUAUCUUUUACGGAUAGAUGCAUUAUCGGCCUCGAGUUCAAAUCCCGAACAAGAAUUCGCUUCGAGCGUGCGCGUCGAGGAAGAUGCAUCUUUACCAGGCUUUAUUCAUUUAAAGAUACUUGGGACAGGUGUUAAGGAAAUUUGGAGGGAAUAUAUAGACGUUGCAGGAAGGCUGAGAAGGGAUCUGAUAAAAGCGAGAUUGGCAAAUUUAUUAGCCACAUCUAUCAAAGAUACCACCAUUGAUACGGAAGAUGACAGAAUUUGCGUUUCGCCUGGUCAAGUAGUAGACGCCGAUAUCCUCGAUAAAAUAUUGAAGCAGCCAGAUCAUUGCCGGAUAUUCUACGGGCCAGGUAUUUUGGACGAAUCGUUGCCGUGGAGGCGUGAUCGAGUGGCCAUGAUCGAAGACAGCGAAGGGAUAUUGGUCAGAAUCGGCGUGGACGGCGCCAAAUCUCGCGAGGUCGAGGUUAGAUUGUUAAUCGGGAUCGGUUUGUCCUCGUGGCCCUGUUUAACGGAUUAUCCUCAACGAAUACCCCUCUAUCAUUGCGAUGCUCUCCUUCAUUACACCGCAGCACAAACCGGUAUGUACGCGGUGGCCGUUGGCCCGUGUACCGGUGCACGCUGCGAGAACCGAGCAACCCUCUGGAGGGUACGUGUCCCGGCAGCCGAGAAAAUUAUGAGCCAGCACUACGCCUCCGACAGCGUGCCUUCCCUCACCGAAUCCGUGCUCCUCGAAAUUUUGUACGAGUUACGGGAAGGGCGCAGUUCGAAUUUAUCGACGAAACCGAAGGUGACGGGGGGAAACGGCGCACCAUCGUCAGAAGUACGUUUACGAGUAGUUUCCAGACACAUAUUGAGAACCGUGCACCGUUGGAGGCUGGAAAGGGUAGGACCGGAUCCGUUGACGAGCUGGGCGCCCGAUACCCUCUCCCAUCACGUUCUAUUAGCGUUGGACGAGUUGGUCGCCGCUCUGAAAUGCCAGAACUUGAGGUGUUACCUUUAUCCGCGCUGCAACGUGAUGCUACAAUGCGCGAGAGGUGGAAUACCGUAUCACGAAGAGUCUUACGCCUCCGAUUGCCGUUCGUUGGAAUCUUAUUUGGAAACGCUUCAUUCUUACUCCUUCUCGAUAACGCGCAGCGUUGCCAGACCCCUCGAGCUUAUGGAGAACGAACUUAUCGUUAGAUGGCGCGAGAUCAUCGCUUUGCCGCAUGGAAGAGGAUCGAGCAACGACGAUUAUCACGGAUACAGCGAAAGGCAAUUCGAGUAUCUGACCAUGAUCGUGGGACAAACUUUGGCCGCUAGGGACUUUUUGUUACAGGACAAUUCGGAUAAUCGCAGUUGCUAUUCGAACUUGCCGGAACUAUCGUAUUGCGCCACGGAACAGGUGGAAAGUCUCGUGUUCCUGUUGAAGCUGAUUUCGACGCAGGCUUGGGAUCAGAUUCACCUGGAAACGGAACGAAAGAUGCGAAUCCACGAUCGUUACGCGGUGCCGAGGCGGAAGAGGCAUUACAACACGACCAGUCAGUUCGAUUACUCGAUUGGACUUUUAAUCGAUGCCGUUAGAAAUGAUCGAGAAACUGUUAACACGGAUUUGGAGUCGACGCCUGUGAUGACCAAGAUGCUUCUACAUUGGCUACACUUCGGCAUGGAGAACGAUCGAAAGAUCCUCGAGCCUGUUCUACGUCCGUAUUUGAACAAUCUUUUCAACGGCACGCGCGAGCAUGGUUGGUUGGCGACCUCCUGGAAGAGGAGGGAAGAACUUUACCGGGGCGAGAUGGGAUCAUUGACGAUGUUUUGCAAAUCUGUUGUGACGGAGGAAAUUACGCCCGGUAACGGGAUCGUGGAUUAUCUGUCCAAGGGGUGGCGUUGGGCCGAAAAUAUGGCGAGGAUGAUCGAACGUUCGGGGAACUCUUUGCCCCUGAUUUUCCUUCCCAGAGACAGAACGAUUAAAUUCGAUCUAACGUUCGCGGGGAACAAAGGGCCCAGCUCGUUCUCAACUUGGAGCAAGGUUAGAAGUGUCAGCACGAUCGCGAGGAGGAGAAGGAGGAGCAUAUAUUCCAGAGCCAGCGAGUUAUUCGAUUACCUGACGGGAUCGCAAAGAGCGUCUGACUACAAUAAUGGGUUUGCAGGACACACGGAAUUGAGGGAUGCCAGCCCUUUGACGUAUGUCGCGUCGAUGAGCAGAUCCCGAACUCGACACCGCGGCCCCGGAGAUCUAAUCUCUGCCAUCGUCUCCCUCGGUAAAUUCAGGGUCGUGCAAGAAGCGGCCGCCUUUUUGCCACGAGAGGAGCGGGUGGUCGUGUUGGACGCGGUGCAACGCGUGGCCAGAGAAUUCUCUCGUCGCUCCUCGAGGAAGACCGGAAGCGUGUACACAUCCGACUCGCCGAGACAGCUUUAUAGACCGAGGCCGGAGACGGAUCUCUUGGAUUCACCCCCACGGCCAUUAUCGCCGGAAAUAAGGGAGCGGCGAAUCAUCGCCGAGCAUCAAAAGCAGCUCGAGAAGGAGAUACAAGAAAUGCACGACACUUUGAGACGCGACGCGUUGAGGAGGCAGUUUUCUUCUUGCAACACCUGGGACUCGAAUUCGUUGUCCUCUUUCAACUCAUCCAUAGAUUCCAUAAUGGGGACGAUCACGCUAAGGAGAUAUCGCACUCCAAUUUNUGAUAACGGUAUGAAAACAACUUUUUCAAUUUCAGGGAAUUCGUCGGUUCGGUCGAGUUUACGCCAGAAUCAUAACACGGGCAAAGGUAAAUUCAAUACAGAGAUGAUCAGUCGAGAGGAGUCACCGACGUGGAGCACAACACGGAGCGCUCGAAGCAAGGAAUUGGACUACGCCGAGUCGAAGAACGAAGACGAAUUGCCAUCUUGGGACGCGCUCGAGGCCACUCUGAAUAGAAGGCUGUGUAAUUACGGGGACGCCUUGCCGGAAUCUUUGGAAACGGACGAAAGUGUUGGGGAAAAAUUAGGGGAAUAAACUACGGG